AUGAAAUCCACCGGUAAAGAUUGCUGGAAGCAAGAAGUUACAGGAGAGAUCUGGUUUCAACCAGCAAGUGAGGAAGCUGAGCACGGUGGAGGAGCAACUCGCGAGGCAGGAGCGGCGAGCUUUGGGCUUGGUACCGGCGGAGAAGAGGAUCCUCUGACUCCAAGUCGGGGGUGGAACCCGGGCCCUUGCAACCAGGAUUCUAGAUUUGUGAUGUUUAGUAGUCUAAUCAUCAACAAUAAGAGUGAGCGUGAUAAUCAGACUUUGCUUGUGUCUAACUAA